UCCCUGUCUAGUCUACCUAACAUUAAUUCUCACCAAAUCUACAAUUCAAAUUGGGGAAAAAAAUAACAGUUAUUUUAGGGUUUCAAAUUCAAAAAUCAAAAACAUUAAAAAAAAAUUCAAAAAAUUACACCUGAUGUCUGAAAACAGCAGUAGUACAAUUAGCAGCAGUCCAGAUUUUAGUUUACCUGAUGAAAUACUAUCAGUGAUUCCAACUGAUCCUUAUGAUCAGUUGGAUCUUGCUCGCAAGAUCACUUCCAUGGCGAUUGCUUCGCGCGUUUCGAAAUUAGAAUCCGAAGCGGAUAAAUUACGACAAAAUUUGAAUGAAAAAGAUCGGUCUAUUUUCGAACUUGAAGCCAAAGUUUCUGAGUUGAAACAGACUUGUCAUAAUGUUCAGUUGCGGUUGCAGCUUACACUUGAAGAUAAUGCAAAACUGGUGGAGGAACGAGAUUCGUUAGCUAUGACUACGAAGAAAUUAGGGCGCGAUUUAGCUAAGCUGGAGACGUUCAAACGACAAUUAAUGCAGUCAUUAAACGACAAUGAUUCAACUCAAUCAGCAACUAUAGAUAUACGAACAUAUGACCAAUCUGCCACCAGGGCUUAUUCGGUUAAAGAAGAGGAGACUAACGGUUAUAGAAGGCACCGCUCUUUUAGUGGCUCUACAGAUGGACAUAUACCUGAUGACGCCUCAAAGCAUGCUGGUCAAAGGUUUUCUGUGACACCAUACAUGAGUAACCGUGUAACACCAAGUGGAACUCCAAAAACAAUCUCUACAAGUGUGUCUCCUAGAAGAUAUUCUGCUUCUGGUACUACAUCCCCAACAAAAAGCCAAUAUGAAGGGCGUAGUACAAUGUCAUCAUGGUACUCAUCGAGUCAGCAAUCUUCAGCUGGAAACUCUCCUCCUCGUGGUCCCCCACUGCCAGGCCGUGCCUCCAAAAUUGAUGGAAAGGAGGUCUUCCGUCAAGCAAGGAGUCGUCUAUCUUAUGAGCAAUUCAGCGCUUUUUUAGCAAAUAUAAAGGAGUUAAAUGCUCAAAAGCAAUCCCGUGAGGAGACUUUGAAGAAAGCAGAAGAAAUAUUCGGAACUGAUAACAAAGAUCUGUAUUUAUCAUUUCAAGCUCUGCUAAAUCGCAAUAAGCAAUAAGUGUAUCAUAUGUUGCAGAUGUACCUUCUUGAUAAGACGUUUCCGGAGAACAAUCAGUUGAAACGUAGAUGUCAGGAGUAAACAAUGUAGCGGGAAGCUAAAGGUUUGUGUAGGUUUAGUGUUUACUGAUUUUCAUGCCUGUAUGAAAUGUAAAUUACUGAAUUUUUAAUCUUCAAUGCGUACCUGAACCCAUAACCAAUGAUUGAUUAACCGUUUAUCAGUUUUGAUGGAUGCACUUUUAUAUUUCGUA